GUUACAUAGCUUACCUACUAGGAUUAUUUAGACUGUGAUUUUUUUCCUUCAGCAAACGUUCAACAAAAUUUUUAAGAAACUUCUCUGCAAUGAAGAUGGUUUGUGAGAUUGAAGAAAGUAAAAGUGUCGAUGACGUAGAAGAUAUUGUCUUAAUUUCUAAAACAGGUGGUCGUUUUAUAGUCGACGCUGCUUCGUUUUAUCAGUCAAGUGGUUAUUAUCGAGCUCUCAAAAAGAGUGGAAUGAAAGAUGCCCAGUGUAAAGAGCUCAAAUUUGAAUAUUUUACAGACAAUUUUUUAGCGGAGGUUGAGAAGUAUUUUUCGAAAGUGUCAUCAAGCAACGUGGAUAUAAGUGACCAGCUUAUGAAGAGGUUGGAUGAAGUUGAGGAGGAGUUAAAUGGCGCAUUUUAUUUGCAAAUCAAUGGUCUGGUCGAUCACUAUGUUUUAUUGGUCUUGAGGUAUUUGAAUAUCAAAACAUGGAGACAUAUUUUAGAUAUUGCCUACAAAUAUGCAUUAGAUUCACUGAGCCAUAAGAUUUUAGAUUUCGUUGCGAAAAACUUCAAUAACCUUCAAAAGCAUUCUGAACUGCUAACAUUAACACCCAAUGAGAUGUUUUACUUGGUAAAAUCAGACCUGGUUAGCGCCAGUAGCGAGAUUGACAUUUUCAAUUUCGUCGUUAAAUGGUUUUUUUAUGAUGAAUCGAGGAAACCUCAUGCCGAAAAGUUACUUUCCGAGGUGAGGUACAGUUUGAUGAGAACAAGUGAUGAAAAGCAGUGCAGAGGCGUGAUUGAAACGCUUGCUUUAAGGGUUUGUCUGACUAAACACGAGGUGAAAUUUCGUGAUACUGUCGACGUCUUGCUUGCUUUUGGAAAAAGGGGACAACUGAGUCCUUUAGUUACACAGAUCCUACCCGUUAAGGAACUCACGAGAGCCUGCAAGUACAGAAGUAUGUUUCGCCGCAUGAAAAGUCAACGAAAAAACAAAAGCAUUGCACCCCUCGUCAAAUUUCGCUGCAAUGAAAAGAAAUACUUCCAGGGAUUGUACAAUUUUGGCUCCUGCGUGGUCAACAAUUGUGUGUAUAUAGCUGGAGGGCAAUAUCUCGAGUCUGAAUAUUCGGCUGCUGUUUAUUCUUUUAACCCUAUUCGAAACAAAUGGAAGCCGCUUUCCAAAAUGCCUACUCAAAGAGCCUCAUUCUACUUAGGCGAGAUUAAUGGAAGUUUGUACGCAGUUGCUGGAUGCAGAUCAGAUGAUGGACACAGAUCAGUUGCAACCUCAAUAGUUGAAAAGUAUAUCCCUGAGGAAAAUCGUUGGUACAAGUUGGCACCUCUACCCACAGCUGUUUAUGAUUUGGCAGGUUGCACAUAUGGUGGUGAUUUGUAUGUAAGCGGAGGAAACAUCAUCAUCGAUGGAGUAAAUAGGAAGGCGAAGGAGUUGUGGAUGUACGAUCCAACGUUUGAAGGAUGGCUCGCAAAGGCUCCCAUGUUGACCGCUCGGGGUCGUCACGUUAUGGCCUGCUUCAGUAACAAACUGAUUGCUAUUGGAGGGCAGUCAAUUUUUUCUAACCUCUUUGAUGGAGAGAUAUAUGAUUGUGAAACAAACCAAUGGACUUGCAUUUUGAGUCUGAAAAAGCCAGUCUGCAGUUCGACAUAUGCCAUUGUCGACAACUGUCUCUACCUGUUCUCUACAGGUCAGAAUUUCUUUCAGAGAUUCAAUUUGACGAAGUAUCUCAAAGUGGAGAGCGACAAAAAUGAAUCCCCGCUUCUGAAGGAUGUCUUAAACCAAGACAAAAAUAAGAUUUUCAUUUCUGAUAAUUUGCCCAAAAGAUAUUCCUCUAACAUUUUUGAUGACGAUUGCAAACUUUAUAAAUUUAAAGCUUCUCAUAAAAUUUUGGCCAGCGUCAGUGUCAUCCGGUUAUCAAAGAAUUACCUGAGAGGCUUCAAGUAAUGACAAAAUAUAGAUUUGUUUUCAAGUUACGUUUUUAGUUUAGUUUGUUAAGGAAUUGUCGAUAUUACUGUUUGUGUGUGUUUUCCCAUUAUUCAAUUGCAUUUGGUAUUAUAUUGUAUUUACGUUUUUAUAAUUAUGCUAGUGCGUGCUAAAUCUGUAGUCUCGUGUGUUCGUUUGUUACAAAAAUUACUCCGUCUAAAAUGUUUCAAUUUGAUAGUUUUCAAAUAUAAAAUUUUAUCAAACGAAACAUGCCGAGCUAUUCCAUGCAUCAACUGUUGAAGUUUUUAUAAAAAGCUUAUGUUUAUUUUAUUAUAAAAAUCAAAUUUUUAGUUUCUUACAACCAAAAUUUUGUAAUGCAAUUUAA